AUGGCAUACAAUCGAGGGUACUCGGGCAACCCUGACGCCCUUCCAGCACACGCCGAACCCGAGCAGGCAGCGGCCAUGCUGUCGCAAAAUCACCCCCAAAGACAUCACCAAUCCCCCGCCAUGGGCUCCGCUCCGCAGCGUUAUGACAACUACCCCCCGCCCCAGCAGCCGCAGCAACAACAACAACAACAGCGGUACGGCAGUGGCUACGGCGCCCAACCAGGUUCAGCUGCUGCUGGUGCUCCUCCUCCGCCACGCAAUGCAUUCGCAUCUCCUCCGCCUCCAGCCAACUACGGCCAAGGACCGCGACCAUCUGGUUAUCACAACCGUCCUCCGAUUCCUCAAGCCCAACGUCCUCCCACUGUAGCACCGCCUCAGAAUCCUGACCCUAACAGCCGUGAGGCUUUAUGGCCGCUCUUCAUGGCCGUAGACAAAGAACGCAAUGGUCAAUUGAGCGAGUCUUCGUUGCGCAGCGCUCUGGUCAAUGGCGACUACACAGCUUUCGAUGCGCACACUGUGCGCAUGAUGAUUCGCAUGUUCGACACAGAUCGCAGCGGCACCAUCAACUUUGACGAGUUUUGUGGCUUGUGGGGAUUCCUGGCUGCCUGGCGUAACCUAUUCGACCGCUUCGAUGUGGAUCGCUCGGGUAAUAUCAGCUUCCAAGAGUUCUCGGAUGCUCUCGUCGCUUUUGGCUACCGUCUGAGUCCUCAAUUCGUUCAGCUGCUGUUCAACACAUUUGCGAGGACGACACGCGGCAGAGGCGAUGAUUCGUACCAUGGUGGACGUGAGAAGACGCUCAGCUUCGACCUAUUCGUGCAGGCGUGUAUCAGUCUGAAGCGUAUGACGGAUGUGUUCAAGAAAUAUGAUGAUGACCGUGACGGAUACAUCACUCUAUCAUUCGAAGAGUUCCUCACAGGUGCGCAAAGCCUUUUCCUCUUCAACUCCAUUUCCCCUGUGACCGAUAAUGGCCUUUACUGA